AUGUCGAGUGGGGGUGGCCGGGACAAGGAGGGCCCGAUGCACCUCCACCGACACGGUGACCUCCCUGCCCCGGUUCUCCCUGGGGACAUUGGUGGUUGGCCUGUCAUCAGGGGCAAGGGCAGGAAUGAACCUGGCCCCCGGCUCUCACAGGCCAAGUGCUUCAUCCUCGGCCUCGUGUUUGGUGGAGACCUGGAAGAGACGUUUCUGCCCUUCCGUGUGUCAUUCCUCAAAUGCUCAUCCAGGGUUGACCCCACACUGCACGUGGUGCUGAAAGGCACGUGUGCAGGCUCAGUGGUCUUUGAGGACGUGGCUGUGGACUUCACCCUGGAGGAGUGGGCUUUGCUGGACCAUACUCAGAGGGACCUCUACAGAGAUGUGAUGCUAGAGACCUUCCAGAACCUGGCCUCAGUAGAUGAUGAAAUUCAAUUUAAGACCAAUGAUUUGGUUCCUCAGCAGGAUAUUUAUGGAGAAAAAAUACUCAAGGAACCUCAAAUAGCAAAGUUGUCCAGAAAUCAUUCCUGGGCCUCUGUUUUAAGAAAAAUAUGGGAAGACCUUAGCCUUGAAGAUCAGCACACAAACCAUGGGCAGAAUCUGAGAGGUCACAUGGUGGAAAGACUCUGUGAAAUUAACAGUCAGUGCAGAGAGGCCUUCAGCCAGAUCCGAAAUCCUAAUCCACACCAGAAAAUCCCUGCUGGAGUCCCACAAUAUGAACACGACACAUAUAGAAAAGUCUCCACACCCCGUUUAUCCCUCAAGAGUCGCAUUACAGUUCACACAGCACCCAAACUGCACCAGUGCCAGGAAUGUGAGCAGGUCUACAGUUGCUGUUCACACCUACGGAUGCACAUGAGAACCCACAAUGGAGAGAGACCCUACACGUGUAAAUUAUGUGGGAAAACCUUCCCCCGCACUUCUUCCCUCCAUCGCCAUGUAAGGAUUCACACUGCAGAGAAGAGCUAUGACUGUGAGCAGUGUGGGAAAGCCUUCAUUGAUUUUCCCAGCCUUACUAGUCAUGGAAGAAGCCACACUGGAGAGAAACCAUAUAGGUGUCUGGAGUGUGGGAAAGCCUUCAGUUAUUCCUCCACUUUCCGAAGACACGUGAUCACACACACUGGGGAGAAGCCCUAUAAAUGCACAGAGUGCGGGGAAGCCUUCAGUUAUUCCUCCACUUUUCGCAGACACAUGAUCUUGCACACUGGAGACAAGCCACAUCAGUGUAAGGAGUGUGGGGAAGCCUUCAGCUAUUCUUCAGCUUUUCGCAGGCACGUGAUCUCGCACACUGGAGAGAAGCCAUAUGACUGUAAGCAGUGUGGGAAAGCCUUCAUCUACCUCCAGUCCUUCCAAAGACAUGAGAGGAUUCAUACUGGAGAGAAACCCUAUGAGUGCAAAGAGUGUGGGAAAACCUUCAUUUACCCCCAGUCCUUCCGAAGACAUGAAAGGAUGCAUGGCGGAGAGAAACCUUACAAGUGCACCCAGUGUGGAAAAGCGUUCAGUCACCCCUCAUCCUUCCGGGGCCACGUGAGAGUACACACUGGGGAGAAACCCUACGGGUGCAAGCAAUGUGGGAAAACUUUUAAUUGGCCAAUAUCCUUACGGAAACACAUGAGAACACACACACGAGAGAAACCCUACGAAUGUAUGCAAUGUGGAAAGGCCUUCGGCUUGUCUGCUCGCUUCCGGGAACAUGUGAGCAUGUGCCCAGAAGACAAGUCCUAUAAGUGCAAGCAGUGCGGGAAAACGUUCUACUGCCACGUUCCCUUACAGAGACACAUGCGGAGGCACACUGCAGAGAGACUCUACACGUGCAAGCAGUGCGGGAAAGCGUUCUACUGCCACGUUCCCUUACAGGAACACAUGCGGAGGCACACUGCAGAGCAACUCUACACGUGCAAGCAGUGCGGGAAAACGUUCUACUGCCACGUUCCCUUACAGGAACACAUGCGGAGGCACACUGCAGAGCAACUCUACACGUGCAAGCAGUGCGGGAAAACGUUCUACUGCCACGUUCCCUUACAGGAACACAUGCGGAGGCACACUGCAGAGAAACUCUACAAACACAUGCGGAGGCACACUGCAGAGCAACUCUACACGUGCAAGCAGUGCGGGAAAACGUUCUACUGCCACGUUCCCUUACAGAAACACAUGCGGAGGCACACUGCAGAGAAACUCUACACGUGCAAGCAGUGCGGGAAAGCCUUCAGCUGGCCUGAACUUCUGCAGCAGCACGUCAGGACACACACUGUCGAGAAGCCCUACGCAUUCGACACAUAA